CCCCUCCAAUGAGCAACCCAGUGAGUCAGAUGGUGGCUGGAGUCACAUAUUUCCCCCAACCGCAAUCUGCUUAUAGCCGUGGUUUGUUGGAUAAACCACAAGGGGUGGGUUGUGCUCUCGUCCAUGCUUUGCUAACAAUGCUGCGGUCUGGGGCGUUUUGGGCAGGGUUAGGGGGAACGACCGUAGAUGCAAGCAGAGGUCCCCAGGAGCUCGGGCGCUAGUUGUGGGGGCUGGAUUCAAGCCUCACCCCACCCCUGCCUGCUUUCCACCCCCUGUAGCCCUUUGGGGACCCAGAGCAGGUGCGCAUGACCUCCGAAGGGUCCGACUGCCGCUGCAAAUGCAUCUUGCGCCCGCUCAGCAAAGCCGCCUGCGUCCGUCUCCAGGAAGGGAGCAGGAGGGUGGAGGACUUUUACACCGUGGAGACGGUCAGCUCUGGGGCCGACUGUCGCUGCUCCUGCGCGGCCCCUCCAGCCUCGCUCAACCCCUGUGAGGACGAGUGGAAGAUGGAGAAGCUGAAGAAACAGGCCCCUGAGCUGCACAAGCUGCAGUCCGUCAUUGACCUGCUGGAGGGGGCUCUGUACAGCAUGGACUUGAUGAAAGUCCAUUCCUACAUCAACAAGGUGGUGGCGCAGAUGAACUCGCUGGAAGAGACAGUCAAAACCAACCUGAGCCGUGACAGCAGCGUGGUGAAGGAGAGCGUCAUGCAUUUGAGCGACCAGGUGAAACGCUACGAGAACUAUUCGGACAUCAUGGUGGGCAUCAAGAAAGAGCUCUCUAACCUGGGGUAUCAGCUGCUGCAGAAAGAUGCCGCCGCGGCCGCAGGUCCCGCACACAAGGCGCAGGACACAGCUGGAACAUUAGACAAGGAGAGGGUCCAGAAGUAUUCCAGCCCUCGGAAGAGCCUGGGGGACAAAGUGUCCCCAAGAAUUCCCAAGGAGAAGCCCCCCAAGUCAGAAAAGCUGAGGAAGGAGAGUGCCAAGGGCCGGAUGGGCCUGGCACAGGCUACUUCGAAACCCGGUUCCUCCGGGCAGCAAAAUGUGAUCCGGGGCCUCGUGUACUACAAAGCAGGCCAUCGAGCGGAAGCAGAGGGGGCGGUGAGCAGCCGUGAAAGCCCUGGAAAGGGAGCUGGAUUCGUGCAGCCCAAACUGGAGAUCCACGUAGACCAGGAGACCCUCCCAAGGGCAGGAGAAAUUCCUCUGGUAGCUUCCCGUGCCAACACCACCUCCUUGCCCCCCACCACCAGCACCACCAGCAGUACCACCACCCUUCGAAGUCUGCCUGGCGUUACUCUGCUCCCCCAGAGACAUGGCCAGAUCACUGAGGCCCCUGCCCCUCCCGGCCACGGACCCGCAGCACACGAGGCCGAGUGCGAAGGCACGUUGAAGGCGGUGGACCCCCCCGAGAAGCAGCACAGCUACGGCCGGAACGAGGGGGCGUGGAUGAAGGACCCGGCGGCCAAGGACGACCGCAUCUACGUGGCCAACUAUUACUACGGGAACAGUCUGGUGGAGUUCCGCAACUUGGAGAACUUCAAGCAAGGGCGCUGGAGCAACGUGUACAAACUCCCCUACAGCUGGAUCGGGACCGGCCACGUGGUUUUCCAGGGAGCCUUUUACUACAACCGGGCCUUCACCCGGAACAUCAUCAAAUACGACCUGCGUCAGCGCUUUGUGGCUGCCUGGUCCUUGCUGGAUGACGUGGUCUACGAGGACACCACGCCGUGGAAGUGGCGGGGCCACUCCAACAUCGACUUUGCCGUGGACGAGAGUGGACUGUGGGUGAUCUACCCAGCGGCGGACUACAGCUAUUCCCAGCAGGAGGUCAUCGUGGUGAGCAAGCUGGACCCAGCAGACCUGUCCGCACAGAAGGACACCACCUGGAAGACGAGCCUGAGGCACAAUUCUUACGGGAACUGCUUCAUUAUCUGUGGCAUCCUGUAUGCCGUGGAUGAGUGCAACGCCAAGGAAGGGCAGGUGACGUACGCCUACGACACCCACACCGCCACCGAAGCCAGCCCCAAGAUGGUCUUCCUCAAUGAGUUUGCCUUCACGACACAGAUCGACUAUAACCCGAAGGAGAAGAUCCUUUAUGGCUGGGACAACGGUCACCAGGUCACCUACAAACUGCACUUUGUUGCCUGAGGAUCAGGACCCUGAAAGCUGGGGCGGGCCCAGGAGGGCUUUGUCCGUGGCUCCAGGAUGACCACAGCCGUGGGAGAGACCCAAAUUAAGCGCGCGCGACCAAGCGGGUCGAACAGAGCGCCAACGUCUUGCGGACGGGCACGCUCUCGCUUAGCCAAGCAGCUUCCCUGUGGGAACUUCAGGGUGCCCAAAGCCAUCAGCUGGCAUGAUCUGGGGGAGACGGGCAAUGCAUUUCCUGCAGCCUAAGGAACAGGCAGCAUUUAUACACUGCGUUAGUCUCCUGGACUUUAACCGCUGUUUGCUGAAUACGCCCCAACGGGAAGGUUCAGACGUUGAGCUAAGCUAGUGUAGAGUUUGGUUUAUUUUAUUUGGAGAAUAUCCAUGUUAUUUGCAAAUGCAUAAAGGGUCCAUGCGAAGGGGUGACGGAAUUAGUGGCCAGUAUUAAACCAGAGGGAUUCUGACAGGGCGGUCCUGGGACAGGCCGAGGGCGGAUUGAUUCAGGGACCGACGUCAGACCCCUUGAAGCUUUGGCGUUUGUGGGAGAGGCAAGAAAGAGCUGCUUGCUCCAACCUACCGGGUCAACAUUUUUCCCAAGGGAAAAUCCUCCAUUUGCAUUCCCAUCUUCGGGAGCAAAUGUCCUGGAUAUUUCCCCCCCUUGCCAUUUGCCCAGGCUCCAACCUCAUCCUUCACGCUUCUGCUUUUGACCGUUCUGUGAAAAUCCUCACGUCUGGAUCCGUUUUACCGUCCAAGCUGACCAGAAAUCCCAGCUGCUCCCCUCCCCUGUCCUGGGAAUGUGCGCACACAUCUUUUUCUGCUCUCCUGGCAAAGUUUUCGCCAGCUUCCUGGGCAAGGGCGUUUGACCGAAAGGCAGGCGUUCGAUUGCCCGAAGUUGAAAAUACACAGAAUUUUUCUCCCCCCGCGGCAGGCUGUGGCCAUCUCGGUGGGAGGGUCACCGUAGCAUUUCCUGUCCCCUUUGGAGAGUGGAAGGGGGGAGCUUGCACGGCUCAGAAGGGCUGGGGGCUUUACGGGGCUUCUGUUUGCCUCCCCCCCCGCACCCGACACAUAGGAUCUGUCUGUUGCUGUGCUUGGAAGAAAGAUGCCCCUUCUGCAGCCUUCUCUCCCAGGAAAAAGAAAAUGCUGCGCGCUGGCACGGGGACAGUGUUUGGCCAUCGAGCGUAUGGGAAUCUGGCACGUCUUGGGUUUCUGCAGAAAGAUCUCUUCGAGCGAAAGAUCUCUUCCAGAGCGGAAAAGAGGACAGAGAGCGCCGUUGACUUGGCAUUAGCCAGCUAGAGAGAUUCGGGCAGGUCCUGCUAGCAGCUUGGCCACACACAACUGGCCUUCUCACGGACGCAUCUCACACAAAGCGAGCAUUAAUGCUUUUGGCUGUGUUGUCAUUUUCUGCCCCCCUUUGCUCCCUUGGUCUUUGCAGUCUCACGCCUCUGCCCAUGAGGACUAGAAACUUGGAAACAUCCGUGGCGGAGGAGGGUCCUCCAGAUUUCUUUGCAAGCCAAGCUUAAGUAUUUCAGUCCUGAGGUUCCCAAAAGUCCUCCCCUCCCUGGCAGCCCCCCUCUUGCUAAUGCCAGAGGAAUUGGGGCGGGGCAGCCAGCUUCGGCAUGGCGGUACUAAUCUGUGGGUUUCUGUGCGUUUGAGAACGAAUUUCAUUAAAUUAAAAAAACA